UAUAUGUCUGAAUAAGCAGAGGAAGAAUUAUAACAAUAAUUAGAUGAAUAAUAAUAGCCUGAUAACAAUCAAUUUGAUACUUAAAUUGUAUUAUUUAUAUACUAUUUUUUUAAUAGCCUUCUGAAGAUCCUAAUGUUUUUAUGACUCAACAAAAACUAGAAUAAAAUCAAGUUUGGAAGUGCUUCGAUUUUCUAUUCCCAGCAGGUAAAUUAGCUAAAUUAAUAAAACUGAAUUAUUCAUAACCUAAAACUUUUCCUAUGACUGAAAUACUUACUAAACUUAAAUUAGAUGAUGGAUUACCUGUUCUUAAUUUUAUUGGUUGUAGACAUAACUUUGAUAAUCCAAAUUCUAAUCGUGGUAAAUUCUAUGCUGGUAUUGCUAGAGCAUGUCAUAAUACUGAUGCUGUUAUUAUUGAUAAUGCAAUUACUACAGGAAUUGAAAAAUAUAGUCUUAGAAGAAAUUGCACUGUAUUUCAUUCUUUUCUAUUUAUAAGCUAAUUGGUAUUGCACCUGAAUAAGCUGUCUCAUAUCCUAAAUUAAAUCCAACCAAAAUUGAAAAAAAUGAAUUAAGUAACGGUCAUACACAUAUUUUCUUAAUUGGAGGUGAUAAUGUCAAUUAUGGAACUGAAGCAUUAUUUAAAAUUAAUCUAUGCAAAGCGUAUAUUCUACUCUAAAUUUAAAUAAUAGAAUUGCUACUGGAAAAAUUAGUAAAACUUAAGGAAGACCAAGGUGCAAAAUUGUUAACAUUUUAUUUGCUGAUUCCAAUGAUUGUUUUGAUGAAAUCAGAGAAGCCAUCAUUAAUAAAUUACCUAUCAUUGUAGUCAGAGGAUCACAUCUUUGUAAUUAAUUCAUUGACCAAGAAAAAAUAUUAGAUGCCGGUAUCAAUUCUUAUUUAUCACAGAAUUCGAGGAUAUCAUGAAUGAUAAAGAUGGAUUCUUUUUCCCUCUCUAAAAAUUAGAUUCUGAAGUCAUUGCAUAAAUGGUACACUAUCUAUUAACAUUUACUCCAUCAUUACCAAAAAAAGAAUUAAACAAAAAAUGA